AUCAUCAUCAUCAUCACCACCACCGCUCUCCGACUCUAGCGGACCACGUCCGUCGUCAUAUGGCUACCCCCGUGGACCCGUCACGCGAGAAAGAAUACGCCUUCGAAAUGGCCGCCUCUAGCAUUCGAUUCGGUCCAGGCGCUACAAAAGAAGUCGGAAUGGACUUUGCUAAUAUGCAAGCGAAAAGAGUUUGUAUUGUCACGGAUGAGAAUGUUUCCAAGCUGGACGCCAUGAAACAAGCGGUGGAAGGGUUGAGCCGGGAAGGGAUCGAAUUCACAGUAUUCGAUAAGGUUCGGGUGGAACCCAAGGAUUACUCCGUCAAAGAGGCAAUUGCUUUUGCAAAGCCAUAUAACCCCGAUGCAUUCCUUGCAGUGGGUGGCGGGUCGGUUAUUGAUACCGCAAAGCUCAUGAACCUCUACACGGUCUAUCCCGAUGCUGAUUUCCUGGACUUUGUCAAUGCACCCCUUGGCAAGGGUCUCCCAGUGGACAGGAAAUUGAAGCCCCUAGUAGCUGUACCGACCACAGCGGGUACUGGGUCAGAGACAACCGGAACCGCCAUCUUCGACCUCGUUUCGAAGAAAGCCAAAACCGGUAUUGCCCACCGAAAUCUGAAGCCUACCCUGGGAAUCUGUGAUCCCCUUAACACACGAACAAUGCCGUCCGCCGUACACGCUGCUUCUGGUCUAGAUGUCCUCUGCCACUCCCUAGAGUCAUGGACGGCUAUUCCCUACAACGAGCGUACUCCCCGCCCAACUAACCCUCUCAACCGUCCCGCAUACCAGGGUGCGAAUCCGAUUUCCGACAUCUUUUCCCUGCAAGCUCUUCGCGACACUAUCAAAUAUCUACCCCGAGCCGUCAAGGACCCCGAUGAUUUCGAGGCCCAGUCCAAAAUGCUCCUGGCCGCGACACUGGCCGGUGUCGGCUUUGGUAAUGCCGGUGUUCAUCUCUGCCACGGCAUGAGCUAUCCUAUCUCUAGUCAGAACCCGGGCUACAAGCAUGCCGGAUAUGAAGUCGACUAUCCGAUCAUCCCCCAUGGUGUAUCAGUCGCCGUCACCGCGCCCGCCGUCUUCCGGUUCACCGCCGCAUCCAACCCAGACCGCCAUCUCGCAGCAGCCGAGGCUUUCGGUGUGGACGUCUCGAAUGUCAAGCGCGAAAGCGCGGGUGAAGUGCUUGGUGAAGCGAUCGCUAAGUUUCUAGUUGAGCUGGGCGAUCAGCCCCGUGGAUUGAAGGAUCUCGGUUUCAAGUCGUCGGAUAUCGAAUCCCUGGUGGAGGGAACUCUCCCGCAAAAGCGGGUUUUGAUGCUCGCACCCAAUCUCAAUGAGGAAUUAGAGGCGGAGAAGAAUGAAUUGAGAGGAUUGCUGGAACGAUCAUUGGAUUAUUAGGGGCAUUCGAGAUUUGCUGUGUUUCUCUUAGUCAUGUUCGUGUCAAUACCAUCUUUUGUUUUAUGUUCCAUAUAGGCUUCAAUCAAAUUGGAUUAACAAAACAAGAUUGAAAUCAUAUUGCAUCUAAAGUGAUUCGAUCCCAUAUCUUGAAUUCCUGUAUGAAUGUACCAAAGGGAUACUUCACAAUGAGGUCCCGAAGGGUCAUUCCCUUUGAAUAGAAAGACAAGGAC